CGGGCACCCACACGGCCACACCCACCCCACAGAUCUCCCCACCUCUCUCUCUCUCUGCCCUUGCUGUCACCGUCGCUCGCGCUCGCCCAAGUCGUCGUUGCCCAGUCGGCAGUCGCCGCGCCGCUCAGCUCCGACGCGAGCUGAACGACGCAACCGCGCGCGCGUCUCCCUCCUCCGCUCCGCUCGGCGCUGCUCUGCGCGGCGCCGCUGGACUGCUACGGGGACACGGGAUCUGACUGGCGGCUCCGGGCUUGGGGAAGGCGUGGAGGCGAUGCAGAGGCAGGGGCGGCACCUGGAGCGGUCCAACUCGAAGCGAGCGCUCGACCAUGGCGCCGGCGGUGACGACGACGACCGCCCGUCUAAGCGCCCGCGUGUCCCCGCGCUCGCCAGUGUCAUUGUAGAAGCACUCAAGGUAGACAGUUUACAGAAGCUUUGCUCAUCACUGGAGCCAAUUCUGCGCAGAGUUGUCAGUGAAGAAGUAGAGCGUGCUUUAGCCAAAUUGGGUCCUGCAGGUCCUGCUAGGAUCCAAGGAAGGAGCUCUCCCAAACGAAUUGAAGGCCCUGAUGGUAGAAACCUCCAGCUUCAGUUUAGGACUAGGUUAUCCCUUCCACUCUUUACUGGAGGCAAAGUAGAAGGCGAGCAGGGAGCAGCAAUUCAUGUUGUGCUGCUUGAUGCGAACACUGGACAUGUUGUCACUUCAGGACCCGAGUCAUCUGUGAAACUGGACAUUCUGGUACUUGAGGGUGAUUUUAAUAAAGAGGAAGACGAGGGUUGGACCGAAGAAGACUUUGAAAGUCACAUUGUUAAAGAACGAGAAGGCAAGAGACCUCUUUUAACUGGAGACCUGCAGAUAACCCUUAAAGAAGGUGUUGGGACUAUAGGAGAGCUUAUUUUCACUGACAAUUCCAGCUGGAUAAGAAGCCGAAAAUUUAGACUUGGGUUGAGAGUCUCCUCAGGGUUCUGUGAAGGAAUUCGUGUUAUGGAAGCAAAAACAGAGGCUUUUACUGUUAAAGAUCACAGAGGCGAAUUGUAUAAGAAGCACUAUCCUCCUGCACUAAAGGAUGAGGUAUGGAGAUUAGAAAAGAUUGGAAAGGAUGGUUCAUUCCACAAGAGAUUAAACUCAAGUGGAAUCUAUACAGUUGAACACUUUCUUCAAUUCCUUGUUAGAGACCAACAGAAAUUAAGAAGUAUUCUUGGCAGUAACAUGUCAAAUAGGAUGUGGGAAAGUCUUAUUGAGCACGCAAAGACAUGUGUUUUGAGUGGCAACCAUUAUAUAUAUUACUCAAGUGAUGCAAGAAGUGUGGGUGCAAUAUUCAACAACAUAUAUGAGUUCACUGGUUUGAUUGCUGAUGAUCAAUUCAUUUCAGCUGAAAAUCUCACUGAAAACCAGAGGGUGUUUGCUGACACAUUGGUUAAGCAAGCAUAUGAUGAUUGGAUCAAUGCUGUAGAAUAUGAUGGCAAGGCGCUGUUGAGUUUCAAGCAGACAAAGAAAACUGUUACAACUAGAAGUGAAACAGCGAAAGCUUCAGCAAGCUACCCUGCAUCAAACGAUUUAAUGAACUCACAGAAACAACUGGCUGGAGGUCCUGUAAAUACUGAGCAAUCUUCCCUGAAGAAUACCAGAGAAGCAGGUGGAACUGGAAUCCCAUCCAUGGGGAACCAGGUAGCAAGAGAGUAUGCAGGCAAUCCUCAGCACGUGGCACCAAGUAUCACCAUGCAAUACGACAUGAGUUCAUUGGUCCCCGGAGGCCAGUUCAGUGGUUCCUCCGUGCAGACUCAAACUUCACGAAGCUCCAACAUGCUUGCACUGCGGCCAAUGCAGCAGCCUCAAAACUUCGAGUUCUCUGGGCUUGGUCAGUCCACACAACCUUCAGGGCUCAACCCUUUCGAUGACUGGUCUCGAUUGCAGGAGAACCGCGGAGGCGGCGCCGAUGACUACUUGAUGGAUGAGAUAAGGGCAAGGAGCCACGAGAUAUUGGAGAACGAUGAGAUGCAGCAGAUGCUGCGCCUCCUGAGCAUGGGCGGGGCACCGACCGGCCUGAAUAAUGUUGACGGUUUCCCUUCAUACCCGUCUCCUGCCCCAGCCUUCAGCUUUGAGGACAACCGUGCUCGCUCGUCCGGCAAAGCUGUUGUCGGGUGGCUGAAGAUCAAGGCUGCGAUGCGGUGGGGCAUCUUUGUCAGGAGGAAAGCGGCCGAGAGACGAGCUCAACUUGUUGAGCUGGAAGACUAGCGGGUGCUUGGGCUCAGUGUUGCACAUAUUUAUGUGGCGAGGCAAGUAGAACUGCAAAAUGUUGUAUGUAUAAUACGCUUCCCUUUUGGCUGCCCUUGCACAAUAUAUAGCUCCAUUGAUAUUGUAUAUUAAUGGGUAGGGGUUUUUUCUUUUAUGAAUUCAGGAGGGGUUUCCCCCUACUGUCUUCUAUUACGUGGAAGACUUGAAGGACGAUCAGGAUCCUGUCCUGAGCUCAUGAGCUUUUACGAAUGAACUCACGUUGGUUGUAUUACUAGUAGAUGGUGCGCGCAUGGGUUAGCAUAGCAUAGGUGUUAGCAUUAUAUAAAAAAACAUAAUACGUUUAAUUUGUAGAUUGAAAAUAAUUAAGAAUAGUA